ACUGAGCUCUCCCGGUCCUCGAAGGAGCGGGCGUGAAUGCCAUGACCAGCGCGGGGGGAAGGAGGCGCGCAAGGGAAGUGCGCAUCCUCCAUUUUGGCGGAGGACGGGCGGAGAGCUUGGCUCCCGGCGCCUAGCCGCCCUCGGCACUCUUCCCCACCCCACGGCACUGCCGGGGGCACCCGGCGCCUCUUCCCGCGGGAGCCGCGCAGAGGCGCCUCAAAUGGGCGCCCCACAUUGGUUCGAAUUGGUCCCAAGCUCCCCGCAGCAGCUUCCGACAAAAUGGAGGACGUCACCACUGCUACCACCACCACUACCACCACCAGCAGCUCCUCCAGGAGCCAUGUCGGCGGCUGACAUGGCGCCCUCCCCCACAGCGGUUGGGGCAAGAGGGCGUUCCAGGGCGCGGACGCCGCUGCUCCGCAGGGCGGGCUGCCCAGCGCUGGCGAAGCGCCCUCCCUGGGAUCCGUGCGCUCUCCCUUGCCCGUGGGGGAGCGUUUCCAUUAUCCACGGUCUGUCCCUCAUGGAAGUGGCCCCAGGUGCAAACCCCUACCGAGGAAAGGAACGGGGUUGUACCUCUCGGGGGACCAUGACAGAGCCCCGCCAACCCCAUCGCUAGGGGGCAGAGAGGGAGAGGUGAGCCCGCGCUCUACGGCCGGGGCUUUGGCGCCCGCAGGGACCUGAACGCAGGGCUAGGACGGGCAGCGCACCCUCCCUGCCAGCAGAACAUGGGCAGGCGGCAGCGAGAACUUCUGCAAGUUGCUGCUGUCAAGGAGCGCCACCCUCGGAAGCGGGUAAUGAUUCGGUGGGCAACGAUCCGGGUUCCUCAAACCUGACGGAUCAAAGUGAGAAAAACCCCAGGCAUGCCCAGGAGAAAGAUUGGCAGUUUAUAGGGUCAACCGUCUGCGGGCGGCUCUGAUGGACGGGCUGCCCACCCACUCCGCUAGCUCAGCGUGAGAGCCCGCCCUCUGAGACAGCCAAUGGCGGGACAGGGAGGCGGAUCUCCCCGAGCUCCCUUGGCCCCGUUCCUCCUUCCCUUCGCUAGCAGCUGCGCUUCGCUCGGGACUGGACCGAGUUAGAGUUGAGACGGCGGAGGAGUAGCGCAGAGUGCGUGCGUCCCCCGCGGGGGGGUCCGUGCCCGCAAGCAGUGGGGGAGCCGGGUAAGGCUCCAGCCCAGUUUGGUGCAGCCUUGGCAGAGACCAACAAGGAGAGGGAGCUCCAUUUUUCAGAACUCACUGCUUUUGUGGAGGGCAACACAUCGGUACAAGAAGAGCAGAUUCCUCACAGAAAGAAAAUAAAAGCUCUUGGAGCAACUUACUAAGGUAAACAGAUUGCAGUGGAUUUCUGGAUGGAUCUGGAAUGGACGCGAGUCCUCUGGGAGGAUUAGGACUUCCUGAACAUACUCCUGGUCUGCUAGGGAGUACCACCAUGUCAGCAGGUCUUGCAAAUGUAGGAAAUACAUUUGGAGGCCCACCAAGUUCUUUAGUUUCUAGGCCUAAUAAAUUUCAAAGCUCACCUAUAGAAGAUGAUGAUGAUGUAGUUUUUAUUGAACCUGUACAACUUCCACAAAACUCUGCGUCACUGAUAACAGAUCAAAGGAAUGCUGCUUUUACAUCAUCAAAAAAUGAAGAACUUCAGGGGAAUGAUUGCAAAAUGCUUUCUCCUCCAAAAGAUUUAAAUUCUCAAAAAGGGAGUAUAAGUGAAACUAUUAUUAUUGAUGAUGAAGAAGACAUCGAAACAAAUCGAGGACAAGAGAAGAAUGCUUCCGGUUUUAAUGAACGAAGACUUCCAGAGUGUAAAAAUAGAACCAACGAUAUGGAAUUCUCACCUUCCAGUUUUUCAAGAAGUAAGGUAAAUUCAGGAAUAGGUAAUAGUGGUAUAACCACAGAACCAGACUCUGAAAUUCAGAUUGCUAAUGUUACUACAUUAGAAACAGGUGCUAUGAGCUCUGUGAGUGAUGGUCAUUUAGAAAAUGCCGAAGGGCGUGACAUGAACUUAAUGAUUACACAUGUAACCUCACUGCAGAAUGCCAACUUGGGAGAUGUAUCUAACGGACUGCAGUCAAGUAAUUUCGGUGCUAGUAUGCAAACAUACACCCCAUCUUUGACUUCACAGACCAAGACUGGUGUAGGACCUUUCAAUCCUGGUAGAAUGAACGUGGCUGGAGAUGUAUUUCAAAAUGGAGAAUCUGUGACUCACCAUAAUCCAGAUUCUUGGAUAUCCCAGUCAGCUUCCUUCCCUAGGAAUCAGAAGCAGCCAGGUGUGGAUUCAUUGUCACCUGUAGCAUCACUUCCUAAACAGAUUUUCCAGCCUUCUGCCCAGCAGCAGCCUUCUAAACAGGUUAAAGUCACAUGUGCAAACUGCAAAAAGCCUUUACAAAAGGGACAGACUGCGUAUCAGCGAAAAGGAUCAGCUCACCUUUUUUGUUCUACUACCUGCCUCUCAUCUUUCUCACACAAACCCACUCCAAAGAAACUUUGUGUUAUGUGCAGAAAAGAUAUAACAACAAUGAAAGGUACCAUUGUUGCGCAGGUUGAUUCAAGUGAGUCUUUCCAGGAGUUUUGCAGUACAUCGUGUUUAUCCUUCUAUGAAGAUAAACAGAAUCCCUCGAAAGGAGCUUUGAAUAAAUCACGAUGCACUAUCUGUGGUAAACUAACUGAGAUUCGUCAUGAAGUUAGCUUUAAAAAUAUGACUCAUAAGCUCUGCAGCGACCAUUGCUUCAAUAGAUACAGGAUGGCAAAUGGUUUAAUAAUGAACUGCUGUGAGCACUGUGGGGAGUAUUUACCCAGCAAAGGAGCUGGAAACAAUGUUCUUACUAUUGAUGGUCAGCAGAAAAGAUUCUGCUGUCAGAACUGUGUUGGUGAAUACAAGCAGAAAUAUGGCAAAUUAACAUCUUGUAGUGGCUGCAGAGCUCAGUGCAGGUUUUUUGACAUGACUCAGUUCAUAGAACCUAAUGGAUGUACGGAGCCAUACUGCUCAACUGUAUGCAUGAAUACACACAAAUCAAAAUAUGCAGAAUCACAAAGUAUGGGAAUUAUUUGCCACUUUUGUAAACGAAACUCUUUACCUCAAUAUCAAGCCACAAUGCCUGAUGGAAAACUGUACAGCUUUUGCAGUUCCAGUUGUGUAGCUAAAUUUCAGACUCUCAGUGUGCAGUCUUCAACAAAUGGUCAGUUUGUCUCUCCCAGUGAUAUUCAGUUGAAAUGUAAUUAUUGCAAAAGUUCUUUUUGUUCGAAGCCAGAAGUACUGGAAUGGGAGAACAAAGUGUAUCAGUUCUGCAGCAGAGCAUGUGCUGAUGAUUAUAAGAAACUGCACUGCAUAGUUACAUACUGUGAAUACUGUCAAGAAGAGAAGACGCUGCAUGAGACUGUGAAUUUCUCUGGCAUCAGGAGACCCUUUUGUAGUGAAGGCUGCAAGCUGCUAUAUAAACAAGACUUUGCAAGACGGUUAGGACUGAGAUGUGUUACUUGUAAUUACUGCUCACAGCUGUGCAAAAAGGGAGCAACUAAGGAACUUGAUGGUGUAGUGAGAGAUUUCUGCAGUGAAGAGUGCUGUAAAAAAUUUCAGGACUGGUACUACAAGGCUGCGCGAUGUGACUGUUGUAAGUCUCAAGGAACUCUCAAAGAGAAAGUGCAGUGGCGUGGUGAAAUGAAACACUUCUGUGAUCAGCACUGUUUGCUCCGUUUCUACUGUCAACAAAACGAACCAAAUCUGGCAACCCAAAAAGGACCUGAGAACUUACACUACGAUCAGGGCUGUCAAACCCCCAGGACAAAAAUAACAGGUUCAGCACCACCACCUUCUCCAACACCUAACAGAGAAAUGAAGAACAAGGCAGUUCUUUGCAAGCCUUUGACGAUGACGAAAGCCACGUACUGUAAACCUCAUAUGCAGACAAAAUCUUGUCAGACAGAAGAUGAUUGGAAAAAAGAGUAUAUCCCAGUGCCUAUUCCUGUACCUGUCUAUGUUCCUGUGCCUAUGAACAUGUAUAGUCAGAAGGUUCCUGUUCCUGCAACAGUUCCUGUUCCUGUGCCAGUUCCAGUUUUCUUGUCCACUACUCUGGAUAGCAGUGAGAAAAUCCUAGCAGCAAUAGAAGAGCUGAGGGGAAAAGUGCCCUCAAAUCCUCUAGAAACUGAGCUGCUGAACUUGUCAGAGAUGGUGCCUGAACAUGGAAAAGCUGAAGCUUCUGAUGUGACCAGUGUGAUAGUUGAGUCAAAUCUACUGAACUCAGAAACAGAAGCACGGACGAGUUUGCCUGAUGUUCCAUAUGAACCAGACCUGGAUAUUGAAAUAGACUUUCCAAGAGCAACUGAGGAGCUUGAUACAGAAAAUGAGUUUUUGUUACCUCCUGUUUUUGGGGAAGAGUACGAGGAGCAGCCAAGGCCUCGGUCCAAAAAGAAGGGAGUGAAGAGGAAAGCAGUGUCAGAAUACCAGUCUCACGAUGACAGCUCUGAAAACUCAGAGUGUAGUUUUCCAUUCAAAUACGCAUACGGUGUAAAUGCAUGGAAGCACUGGGUGAAGUCUCGGUAUUUAAAUGAAGACCUUCCAGAAUUAGAGGAACUGAAAUCAACAAAGUCUGUGAAAUUAAAGGAAGAUCUAUUAUCACAUACUUCAGCUGAGUUAAACUAUGGAUUGACACAUUUUGUCAAUGAAAUUCGAAGGCCAAAUGGAGAGAACUAUGCACCUGACAGCAUCUAUUACCUGUGUCUUGGGAUUCAGGAGUAUUUAUAUGGAAGUAAUCGAAAAGACAACAUAUUUAUUGAUCCAAUCUACCAGACGUUUGAACAGGAAUUAAAUAAAAUCCUUAAAAGUUGGCAACCAAGCAUACUUCCAGAUGGAUCAAUAUUCUCAAGAGUUGAAGAGGAUUACCUUUGGAGGAUUAAACAGCUAGGAUCGCACUCACCGGUUGCUCUUCUGAAUACUCUGUUCUACUUUAACACUAAAUACUUUGGCCUGAAAACAGUGGAGCAGCACUUAAGACUUUCUUUUGGCACUGUUUUUAGACAGUGGAAAAAGAAUCCUCUAACAAAGGAAAGCAGAGCUUGUCUUCGAUAUCAAGUGUCUUCCCUGUGCAGAGCUGAUAAUGAAGAUAAGAUUACUACUGGAAAAAGGAAACAUGAAGAUGAUGAACCAGUGUUUGAACAAAUUGAAAACACAUCUGAUCCAGCUAGAUGCCCUGUGAAAAUGUUUGAGUGCUAUCUAUCUAAAAGCCCACAGAAUCUGAAUCAGAGGAUGGACAUGUUCUAUCUGCAGCCAGAGUGCACUGUCUCCACAGAGAGUCCCAUCUGGUACACUGCCACUUCACUGGACCGCAACACUUUAGAAAAUAUGCUCGUACGGGUUCUUUUAGUAAAAGAUAUUUAUGAUAAAGACAAUUAUGAACUGGAUGAAGACAUAGAUUAAACAAACUUCCAAAAACUGUCAAGAAAACAAACAGCAUUAGAUAUAGUCAUGCUGCUAGACCUUUACUAUGGAAAACAUUUCAAGUUUACCCUUUGUUUUAUGAGUUUUGUAGCAGUGUGUACCCUGACCUGGGUAUUGCCAUGUAAAUAAUCUGUGAGUGAAAGUUUCCAUUAUUCUGUGUAGUGGUUUUAGGAUACAUAACAAACACAUUUCAGAUUUUUUUUUUAUUAUUAUUAUUUAUUUGAUUAGGUAUGUUUGUAACCUUUUACAUUGCAAAAUAUGAAUGAGAAUGUGCCAUGUGUAAUAUUUUUUUUCCCCUUGUAGUAAGAGACAUCCAUACUGCACAACUCUGCUCUUGGAAGCUCCCUUGAAAGGAGGCUGUUUAAAUGGGUUCUUAAACCGGAUGGUUGUGUAUGGGUAGCACUACUAAAAUUUAGAAUUUGCUGUGUCUUUCAGAAUUUUUAAACAAAUUGUAAACUAAUAGGUUUUUUACUUUUUAGUUACUGAAGCCUUAUAAGGUUAUGUAGAGAGAUCCCAUCUUAUGUACCAAAAAUAGACAAAAGAGAAUGCUGUCAAUAUUGGUGUACUGUAAUGUGAAUCUAUUCUGGUGAAGACAUCUUUUUUUUUUGUUGCCCUUAUUAAAACCUUAGUGUCCUUUCUUUAUCUGUGACUCUCUCUCAAUUGCCCCUACAAAUAAAAAAUAUAUAUAUAAAAACAAA